CUAUUGAAUGUAUGUUUUGCAAAGACACUGUUUUUACAUUAUUUUUCCCCAGAGAAACACUCACUCCAGUAUGAGUACACCGCCCUUUCCACACCGGACACAUUCUCUGGAUCUGUGUUCAGUGCUGUUAGUGUGUGUGAUGAUAGACAGAUCUCUCAAUACAGUCAUGAAGAACAAGACUGGAAGAAAUCAGAAAUCUGGAGAGAUGUUCCUGAGCUACAUGAGACUAGAGACUGGUUUCUACAUCAGGUUAAUAUUCUGUCAAACUGCACAAACUCCAAGUGUUCUGAGCUUCAUGUAGUUCAGAGAAGAGUUGGAUGUGAGGUGGAGAAACUUCCUGAUGGAGCAAUCAAGUAUCUGACUGUGUUUAAUGAGUAUCAAUAUGAUGGAGAAGAUUUUAUUGCCUUUAAUUUUAACACAACACAGUGGAUCAAUAAAAAUCCCAAAGCCAAAGAAACAAUACUGAAGUGGGACCGUCUAACAGAUCGAAACCAAAUCAUCAAGGAUCAACUAAACAACUGCAUGAACUGGAUCUCCACAUUUAAUAAUACUCAAAGAACUCGUCCAGAUGUUGAGAUGUUUGCUGUUGAAUCUCCUCAAGACCAAAACAAGUUGAUUCUGACCUGUCUGGCCACUGGUUUCUACCCCAAACACCUGGAGAUGAAUAUGAUGUUGAACGGCAUUAAACUGGAUCAUGUAAACUCUUCUGGAAUCAGACCAAACGGUGAUGAAACCUUUCAGCUGAGAAUCAGUGUGGAGAUCCACAGAAAUGAGACAGAGGGUUUUGAGUGCCAUGUCAAUCACAUCAGUGUAAAAGAGCCGGUUAUAUCAGAAUGGGUCCAGUUAAACUGUAAUGAGUCUGACAGAAGAGAGAAAAGUGACUCUGAGAAGACUGAACGACUCAAUGCUGCUGAUUCACCUGAGAAUGAUUCAUCAAACACACUGUAA